AUGGAGCUCGACCUAAUAAGGAAGUAUUUCAGAUAUAGACCUACUUUCAGUUUUAAUUUGCUUGUCCAACAAACGUGUUUACUAAAACCAGGUCAAAUGAAUACAUGUGAUUUUUACUGUGUUACAGUGUGUACCAGGUCAACAGUCUGCCCAUGAUUACAUCAAGUGAAACGUGUUAGUUCUGGGGUUAACCAGAUAUUCGAAUCAGUAUGACUCUAAAACCUGUAUGUGUACUGACCGGAAAUAACGAUCAGAGUUUCGACAGUGACUCUUAAGUUACAAUAGAUAUACCGGUAAUCGUAAUAUCAGGAAGUAAAAAGUGAGGCGACCCUUUACAGCUUAUACAACAAACAUGGGAUACUGCAGUAUGAGGGCUGUUUGUGCGACUAUGCUGUGUCUGACCUCGCUAAUGUCAGAAGUUAUUGACAGCAACGUGUCUGGCUGUGGCGAGAUAACCAGCCUGUGUGUGUGUAACAAAACAUUGAACACUGCGAGGUGCAAUGGUAACGGUAAAACACUUAAAUUACUUCCUCAACUUCCGCCAUACGUAGAAAGCGUCCAUCUUCUUUCGUUUCGUUUCGAGAACAUCACCAACGAAACGUUUGCAUCACUGUCGAAUUUAAGAAGUCUGUCGAUUUUGAAUAUUCAAAAUUCCACCAUCGUAAACAUGAAGGAGGACGCGUUCUCUGUGUUGAAAUAUUUUCCUCAAGUUCGACUCAACAUCAGCCACAACGUCGCUCCGGAAAACGUUCUAACGAGAUCGUUCAUAGGGCUGAGGUCAGUUCGUUUAGACUAUCUAGAUUUACGUCAUUUAAAUAUCAGCGAUAGGAAUGGACAUUUCUUUGAUACCCUAAACGGAACGCGCAUCAAAGAGAUAUGCGUUUCAAAGAACUAUCUCACUAAAUACAAUCAUAGUAAAUUCGCUAACGUUAAAGACCUCACGCAUUUGAUUCUAUCAGGAAAUGACAUUAAACACGUACAUCUCGUGCAAUCCUCUCAGCUACAGGUUCUGAAACUGGCCUACAAUCGUAUGAGAAGCUUUUUGCCAAUUUGUGAUAAUAACAGGUCCGUUUUUCCCAACCUAGAAGAACUCACGUUAGACCAUAACUAUAUCAAUCAUGUCUCCCCCAACGAGCUUCAGUGUCUGACUCGGCUUAAAAUCCUCAACCUAAGCAGAAAUAAGCUAUUUAAGUUCAAAACAAAUUCUUUCUCAAUGCUGCCAAAACUGGAAAACCUCACCUUGCGGAAUAUGGAAGGACAGAUAUACUCUAUUGAACCGUUUGCAUUUAACAACAGCAAUUUGAAAGCUUUGACGCUGAAAGACAACAGAAUUGAUCUUCAACACAAUAUGAAUGUGAGAAGUUUGUGGGGAUGUACAAAUCUAGUUUAUCUUGACCUUUCAAACAAUGUCAUAUUCAUUCAGGAAAACAUGGAAGAAUACAUGAUGGCGUUGAUUGGCCAUCUAAGACAACUACAUUUGCUAGCCCUAGGGAAUAUGCUAUUAUUCGAAGUUCCUCGGGUAAUCAACAACUUUUCUAAACUUCAGUUUUUGGAGCUGUAUUCAAAUCACAUAACAGAGAUGCCAAAAGAUUUCCUUAGCCACUUUCCCUAUCUAAAAUAUCUGAUUCUGGACCAAAACGCGAUAUCUGUUCUGCAUGAAGAUGACUUUCCAGAAAACGUCAGACGAAACUUGAAGAUAAUAGAGUUGUCCGAUAAUCCGUUCGUUUGUGACUGCCAGCUGCUGUGGUUUAUACAAUGGAUGAGGCAGGACCCAUCCAAAUUCAUCGGGGACAAUUACAUCUGCUUCAACACGAACCGAAAUUUAACCACUGACUGGACAGUCUCCGUGGAGUCUUGUCUUCUGGACUACCAGACGACCAUGCUGGUGAUCGUCACCGUCGUCAUCCUUAUCGUCAUCGUGACCGUCUCGAGUCUCUUGUAUCGAUGGCGCUGGCACAUCAAACACUACAUCUACAUGAUGAGGUACGAGAAGGGCCUACACUUUGACGAUUGUGAACGUGGGGAGUACUCCUAUGACGCCUUCGUCAUCUACUCGUUAGAAGACAAAAACUGGGUGAUCAAUGAAGCCAUACCCAACUUGGAGAACACUGGCGAACUGAAACUGUGCGUGCAUGAACGCGAUUUCAUCCCCGGUGCGUUAAUCGUGGAUAACAUCGUCGACAGUUUGCUGUCCAGCAGAAAAGUGAUUCUCGUUCUUUCAAACGCGUUUGCUGUGAAUCAGUGGUGCCAGUUCGAGAUGAAUCUGUGCCAGACGCACGUGCUGGAGAACGGCCGUGACCUGUUGGUGGUGGUGAUGCUGGAAGAUAUUGACACGCGUCACUUGACCCAUUCGCUUUACGCUCUGCUGCAGACGACAACUUAUAUAGCAUGGCCUGUCGAGGACACAGACAUCAGAGAGAUGUUCUGGUCUCGCCUUAGACAGCGUCUAUCUGCUGAAUAAACCAUGAUCACAGAACAGUCACAAAGAGGGUAAACUUUUUUUAUUGAAGGAUGAAAAUAUUAUAAUUUAUAAGAAAUGGUGUUUAUGGUUAAUUUGUUUUCGCAAAAUGUCCGAAAUAAGUGUACUGUUGUUUGGUUAUAUCUAUCCUAAAAUAAAGAGGUGGAGCAGAGACUGAAUCAAAAGAAUAUAUUAUGAAGGUAGCAGCAGUGAAGUGGUUAAAACGUAUAAUAAUUGUGAUAAUAGUUACUACAAUGUUUACAGACUUUCGUUUUUGACGCGCCCCUAAAUCGAACAAAUCACGCUUGUAUUAUUUUUUUUUUUUUUGGUAUUAUUUUUUUUAUUUUUAACUCUGCCACUUUAAUUGUUUAUU